AUGGAAAUCAGUUUCACUGCUUAUUGUGAAAACCCUUUCCGGUUCGACAGGUACAACUAUAACACUUUCUUUAACGAGGCAACGCAAACUUUCAAUGGCGUAUCAUGUGGGAAUGAGACUACAGGAGGAGCUUCUGCAUUUUCUGAAGCAAGGCAACAAGUACUAACCAAUCUCCAAAUAUCAACACCAACAAUCCCAAGUUUCUUUGCGGCCACGAAGAUUCAAGUUUCAAAUAGCGGUUCAACUAUCUAUGCCUUUGCCCAGUGUGUUAAUACUAUCACAGCGAAUGGGUGUCUAAAUUGCUUGAAGGCUGGGUACAGUAAUUUGCAGAUUUGUCUUCCAUUUACCGAUGGUAGGGCUUUUGAUGCAGGCUGUUUCUUGAGAUAUUCCAGUGCGUUCCUUUUUCCUAAUGACCAAACAAUUGGUAUCACACACUUUGUCAAACAAGGUUCUUCAAGCAAGAAAGGGGCAACUGUUGGUGGAGUUGUUGGAGGUGUAUCUCUUACUUUGAUCCUCCUUGCAUUAUUUGCCUGGAUUAAACGACGGAAAAGAGAUAAGAAUGUUCCUCAAGGAAACCAUUUGAAAAGCGACUUAACUGGAUCAAGCAAGUUGAAAGGUCCAGUUACAUACAGUUAUAACGAUUUGGUGCUUGCAACAAAAAAUUUUAGUGAAGAAAAUAAACUAGGAGAAGGAGGAUUUGGGGCUGUAUACAAGGGCACUCUGAAGAAUGGGAAAGUUGUUGCAGUCAAGAAAUUGACUUCAUCUCGCUCCAAGAGGGUGGAGGAAGAAUUUGAAAGUGAGGUGAUGCUUAUAAACAAUGUUCAUCAUCGGAAUCUUGUUCGACUGCUGGGUUGUUGUAGUAAAGGCUACAACAAAAUCCUUGUCUAUGAAUACAUGAAAAAUAGCAGCCUCGACAGAUUCAUAUUUGGUAAAAAGAAGGGUUCUCUUAGUUGGAAGCAACGAUAUGACAUAAUUUUAGGAAUAGCAAGAGGUUUGACUUAUCUACAUGAGGAAUUUCAUGUGCGUAUCAUACACAGAGAUAUCAAGACUAAUAACAUCCUCUUGGAUGAUGAUCUGCAACCUAAGAUUGCUGAUUUUGGGUUAGCAAGGUUGCUACCUGAGAACAAAUCUCAUGUAAGCACAAGACUCGCAGGAACAUUAGGAUAUACAGCGCCGGAAUAUGCAAUUUAUGGCCAGUUAUCUGAGAAAGCUGAUAUCUAUAGUUAUGGUGUUGUAGUUCUGGAGAUCAUUAGUGGUCAAAAGUGUAGAAAAUUAAAUGUUGAUGAUGAUGAAGGGGCAUCCCUUCUUCAAAAGGCUUGGAAUUUAUAUGAGAAAGGAAGGCAUUUAGAGUUGAUGGACAAGACCUUAGAACCUAAUGUAUAUGAUGCAGAAGAAGUGAAGAAAAUCAUAGAGAUUGGUUUGCUUUGCACCCAAGCAUCCGUUGAUACAAGGCCAAUGAUGUCUGCAGUAGUUGCUUUGCUUCAAAAGAAGGAUUUGUCAGAGAACCUUAGGCCCACUAUGCCUAUCUUGAUAGAAAUUAAUUAGAGAUCUGGGGGAUACUUCUUUAGUGUUCUUGCUCUGGAUCCUGUAUUCCGAUGUUCCUGCUUUCACCUCUACAGAUAUUAAUUAUCUGAAAGAUAAUUUGUGCGUAA